UCGAUCUAGGAUCGUGCUAAUCAGCUGUGUACCUUAACUGUUAAAACUAAUCUAACAUUCAAGUUUUGGACUGAAAGCAGAUUGAUUGCUCUGUAUAUUACCGUUUCCGAAGUUUGUUUGACGUCGACUGUGUUGAAACACUUUGCUCUCCACUUAUUGGAAGGCCUUCGUGUCAAGCUUACGUUAGCAGCUUUGAAGGGAAGGAGAGAGGAUUUUCUCAUUCCUGGUGUAGACUGGGCCCCUUGCGUGGAGCUGUAGUCAGCACUACAUUCAUACAUCCACCACUGCAAGCCUUGUUCAGAUGGGACCCGUGUAUCUGAAGCACCAUGUGGGUGCACUGGAUCUCUGGAUUAACAGUCUUACUUAAACACUGAGUCCUUAAGGAUAACCCAACAACAGAACCUUUAGAAUGAUUUAAGAUUUAAAAAGAACAUCGUUUGAUUCGGUACGUGUGUGCAAAGUUUUCUUUGUGAACAUUCUAGAGACAUAGGUCUGCUAAGAAGAACUGCUAACUGCAAGUGAAAAAAGAUCCAUUUCCUACAUUGUUUUGAGGAGUUUUAUUAAUAACCUGUGAAGUAUCUAGACGUUAAAAUGAGUGCUGAAGGAUAUCAGUACAGAGCGCUUUAUGACUAUAAGAAGGAGAGAGAGGAGGACAUUGACCUCCAUGUUGGCGAUAUUCUGAUUGUGAGCAAAGGAGCCCUGUUAGCGUUUGGGUACAGUGAAGGUUUGGAAGAGAGGCCCGAGGAGAUAGGAUGGCUGCCCGGCUUCAAUGAAACCACUCAGGAAAAGGGGGACUUCCCUGGCACCUAUGUUGAGUUCAUUGGAAAAAAGAAGAUCUCACCUCCUACACCCAAGCCAAGACCACCCCGGCCGCUACCCGUGGCCCCUGGACCAGCCAAGGCUGACUCAGACUCUGAGCAAGGUUCCAGUUCUCUGUUGGACCUGACAGAGCAGUUUGCUCCACCAGACACGGCCCCACCUAUGCUGCUCAAGCUGCUGGAAGCUAUUGAGAGGAAAGGCCUAGAUAACCCUACACUCUACAGAACCUUCACUGCUGGCAGUGGGUUUGACAUCAGACAGUGCUUUGAUGGUGAUCCUCCAUCCACAGAACUGGACCAGCUAGACCUUCAGAUGUUGUGUGAUGGUCUGAGAAGGUACCUUCAGGACUUGCCCCAGUCUCCCAUUCACCCGUCCCUCACCAGCGAUUUGGUGCGAAUUGCUCAGGAGGUCCAGAACCCAGAUGAGUGUGCUCGAGUCCUGCGUAAGGCGGCAGGCUCCAGUGCUCUCCCUCCUCAAUACUGGCUCACACUGCGCUGCUUACUGGGCCACUUCUCCCGUGUCUGCCAGGCCAGCGCCCGCAACCUCCUCAGUGCCCGCGCACUGGCCGAGAUCUUCAGCCCUGUGCUCUUUAGACAGCAGAGUGCAAGCUGUGAGCCUAGCCCAGAUUCACAUAUCAGGAUCGUAGAACUGCUGGUGACCAGUGAGUGGAGCGAGAACCUGACAGCACCAGCACUACCUCCAAAACCACCCAAACAGACUCCUAUCACUAACAACGGUAUGAACAACAACAUGGCUCUGCAAGAUGCCGAAUGGUACUGGGGAGACAUCUCAAGGGAAGAGGUUAACGAGAAGCUCAGAGACACGGCAGACGGUACAUUUUUGGUCCGUGAUGCCUCCACCAAAAUGCACGGAGACUACACACUCACAUUGAGGAAGGGAGGCAACAACAAGCUAAUCAAAAUUUUUCACCGCGAUGGGAAGUACGGCUUUUCAGACCCACUGACUUUCAACUCUGUGGUUGAGUUGAUCAACCACUACCGGCAUGAGUCCCUAGCUCAGUACAACCCUAAACUAGAUGUGAAACUUCAGUAUCCUGUGUCAAAGCACCAACAGGAUCAGGUGGUGAAAGAAGACAACAUUGACGCUGUAGGAAAGAAGUUGCAUGAAUACCACCAGCAAUACCAGGAGAAAAACAAGGAGUAUGACAGACUUUAUGAGGAGUACACAAGAACAUCACAGGAGAUUCAAAUGAAAAGGACAGCUAUUGAAGCCUUCAAUGAGACCAUCAAAAUUUUCGAGGAACAGUGCCAGACGCAAGAGCGGCACAGCAAAGAGUACAUCGAGAAGUUCAGGAGAGAAGGCAAUGAGAAAGAGAUCCAGAGGAUAAUGGUGAAUUAUGAAAAGUUGAAAUCACGCAUCAGUGAAAUUGUGGACAGCAAGAGGCGUCUGGAGGAGGAUCUGAAAAAGCAGGCUGCUGACUACAGGGAGAUUGACAAGAGGAUGAACAGCAUCAAGCCAGACCUCAUCCAGCUGAGAAAGACCAGAGAUCAAUACCUUAUGUGGUUGACACAGAAGGGAGUGAGACAGAAGAAGCUCAAUGAGUGGCUGGGAAUCAAAAAUGAGAAUCAGGAAGAUCAAUACUCAAUGGUCGACGACGAGGACCUUCCUCAUCAUGACGAGCGCUCUUGGAAGCUGGGCGACAUCAAACGGACGCAGGCCGAAGCGCUGCUGCAAGGCAAGAGGGACGGAACGUUCCUGAUCCGGGACAGCAGUAGAACAGGCUGCUACGCCUGCAGUGUUGUUGUGGAUGGCGAGGUGAAACACUGCGUCAUCAACAAGACUCCCACAGGCUACGGCUUUGCUGAGCCCUACAACCUGUACAGUUCCCUCAAAGAACUGGUCUUGCACUACCAGCACACAUCCCUGGUCCAGCACAAUGACUCUUUGAAUGUCACGCUAGCAUUCCCCAUUUAUGCACACCAGAGACGGUGAGGACUAGUGAACACACCCCAGGAGUCUUACAGAAAAGGGGACAUGCUGAAAUAGCCUGGACUAAGAUGGAGUUGCCCUUUUGCUGUGGGCUUCAGGACUGAGGGUGGCUUUUCGCCACACAACCGCAGAUCGACUGUGAUUGAGAGAACAACGAGAACAUGAACACAGGCCGCCAACCCCCUCAAAAAAAACAAACAUAUUGAACUUUUUGGCCACUGAGACUUUGACCAGUGCCGAGCCUGAAUGUAGUUUUAUUAAGCUGAAACUGCUGAACUCUUUCUCUCUCUCCGUCUCCUAAAAUGGAGGACUUUUAGAGGCCUUUUCCAAAAUGGUGCUUGUUCAUGUCAAAGCUUUACAUGCUGCUGGAAUGUUGAACGCUGAUGACCCCUCUGGAGUGCAUCGUUUACUACUGCUCCUGCCCCCCCCCCAUCAACCAUUUGGCCCACCUGUGCUCUUCAGGUGCACCCC